UGGAGGGCAGCCGGUAGCCACUCGGAGUUGUCUGGAUUCCUCGGCUUCCUCCUGAGAACAGGCCCUCCUCGGCCCUGCCAGCCGCUGGAACGCCAUGGAGUCCGCGAUGAGUGCGGGCAUCGCCAUGGCUGAGGCGCUGCAGAACCGGCUGCCCUGGCUGGAGAACGUGUGGCUCUGGGUGACCUUUCUGGGCGAUCCUAAGAACCUCUUUCUGUUCUACUUCCCAGUGGCCUACUAUGCCUCCCGCCGCGUAGGCAUCUCCGUGCUCUGGAUCAGCUUCAUCACUGAGUGGCUCAACCUCAUCUUCAAGUGGAUUCUGUUUGGAGAGAGGCCCUUUUGGUGGGUUCAUGAGUCUGGAUAUUACAACCAGGCUCCAGUCAAAGUUCACCAGUUCCCUUCUUCUUGUGAAACUGGUCCAGGCAGCCCCUCUGGACACUGCAUGAUCACAGGAGCAGCCCUCUGGCCCAUGAUGACAGCCCUUUCUUCCCAGAUGGCCACUCGGGCCCACAGCCGCUGGUUAAGGGUGAUACCUAGCCUGGUUUAUUGCACCUUCCUAUUGGCGAUUGGCAUGUCCCGGGUCUUCCUCUUAGCACAUUUCCCUCAUCAAGUGCUGUCUGGCCUACUAACUGGUGCUGUCCUAGGCUGGCUGAUGACCCCCCGGGUGCCCAUGGAGCGGGAACUAAGCUUCUAUGGGCUGACUGCCCUAUUUCUCAUGCUAGGGGCCAGCCUCAUCUAUUGGACCCUCUUUACUCUGGGCUUGGAUCUUUCUUGGUCCAUCAACCUAGCAUCCAAGUGGUGUGAACGGCCUGAGUGGGUGCUCUUGGAUAGCCGGCCCUUUGCUUCCUUGAGUCGUGACUCAGGAACUGCCUUGGGUCUGGGCAUUGCCCUGCACUCUCCCUGCUAUGCCCAGAUACGACGGGUACACCUGAGAAAUGGCCAGAAGAUAGCCUGUCUUGUGUUGGCCAUGAUACUGCUGGGCCUCCUGAACUGGCUGGGUCACCCCCCUCAGAUCAGCCUCUUUUACAUCUUUAAUUUCCUCAAGUAUACACUCUGGCCAUGCCUGGUCCUGGCCCUCGUGCCUUGGGUGGUGCACACAUUCAGUGCCCAGGAAGCACCGCCCAUCCGUUCUUCAUGACUUCCUGUGCCUCCUCCUGCCACUCUCUUCCCUGAGAGCCAAUACUCCACAACCUUCACACUCCAGGUGACAGCUGCAACCCGCAAAAGAAGGGUAUCUUCCAAGGGGACUCAGUCUCCUGCCUUUCCUCCCAACAUGUGAAAAAGCAAAGGCAACAGCAAGACCAGCAGGUUCGUGCAAUACUGUGAGGAGUAGGUCGAGGGCCCCAAUAAAGUCCUUGAAACUUCUGGA